CAUCUUUCUGCUUCCCUUCCGGCGCUGCAGUGAUCCUUGUCAAAAAUGGCGGCGGGAGUUGGGUCCCGGGUUUCUGGGCUGCUAGGUCGGUUCCAGCCACAGCUGGCGCGGCCCAUGUCUGGUGGCGCCCACGGCGAGGAGGGCUCAGCUCGCAUGUGGAAGGCCCUCACCUACUUCGUCGCGCUCCCCGGGGUGGGAGUGAGCAUGCUGAACGUCUUCCUGAAGUCGCAACACGGAGAGCAUGAGAGACCCGAGUUCGUCGCCUACCCCCAUCUCCGCAUCAGGUCCAAGCCCUUUCCUUGGGGAGAUGGUAACCAUACUCUUUUCCAUAACACUCAUGUGAAUGCGCUUCCGACCGGCUAUGAAGAUGAAUAAAGAGAACCUGGACCACUACCCAGUGGGGACCACAGCACUGGUUUGGACCACUACUCUGGACACGGACCAGAAGUGUAUGGGACCUUAAGCUGACCUUUCCUGUAUCAAAUGAUGACCAUUAUACUGAUCUUCCAUUCCUUAUGGCAGGAGAUGGCUUAAAUAAAUAACUUUAGAUUGGA